CAUAUUUUUUCACGGGUGGCAACACUCCCAAGUAAACAAAUAAAUGCUCUCUGACUUUUCUUCUGUCAGAAAUACACGUGUAUAGUAGUUGGGAAUUAAAAACAAAAGCAUGUCUCUGUUAAGAAUAAGGAAACCCAAAACCCGCAAGGGUAAAAAGCUGUUAUUGGCUCGCGAGCCACAAUUGAUAGAAGGUCCCCGGAAUAUGCUGUUCUUGGAUGGGCGAAAAUGCGGUGGUGAUGUCAAAUCUUGCAUGAAGGAUAUGCAACAGCUUAAGAAGCCUUUGGUAAAGGUAUUGAAUAGAAACAAUGAUAUUACACCAUUUGAGGAUCCCACAUCUUUGGAAUUUUUAACCCAGAAAAAUGAUUGUGCCAUGUUUGCAUUUGGUUCAACGUCAAAGAAAAGGCCAAACAACAUUGUAUUGGGGCGUAUUUAUGAAAACGAAAUCCUUGAUAUGGUUGAAUUGGGUAUCAAGCGCUACAUGGCAAUGUCUGAAUUCAAAACUGAAAAAAUUGGCACCUGUGUUAAACCUUGCCUGGUCUUCAAUGGCCCCAAAUGGUCACAAUCCGAGGAGUUAAGACGUUUAAAAAAUCUGCUAAUCGAUGCCUUCCAGAAGGACAAAGUUGAAGCAAUCCGUUUACAAGGCAUAGAACAUGUUAUGAGUUUUACAUGUACUGAGGACCUGAAUAUCUUACUACGUUCCUAUAAAAUUCUACUCAAAAAGUCGGGACAAAGAACACCCCGCAUCGAGCUAGUUGAAAUUGGACCCUCCGCAGAUUUCUCCAUUAGACGCACCAAAAUUGCAUCCGAAGAUCUGUAUAAGCAGGCACGCAAGCAGCCCAAACAACUUAAGGUUACCAAGAAGAAGAACAUUACCCAUGACGAGUUGGGCAAUACCCAUGGUCGUAUACAUUUAGGAAAACAAGAACUUGGUAAAAUUCAAACACGUCGCGUUAAGGGUCUGAAGAAAUCACCAGAAGAGAAAAAGGCUGAUCGUCAAAAGAAAAAGGAUCUAAUGAAAGCCGCAGCCCAAGAACUAUUAACAAAUAAUGAAUAGAUUUACAUAAGUUAUAUAGAAGAAAGGAACUUUAAAUGUAAGUUUUAAUAAAAUAUAUACUUUUAUUUACACUAA